AUAAAGUUAUGUCAAGAUUUCUUCAUGGAGUAGGGAAGCCCAUCAAAGUUUGGGCUAUCUUAACAGUCUUGGUGAUUCUGUGCAGAGUAGGUACCUGCCAGAAGCCUAGCUUCAACAACGCACCAGUCAUAGGUGUCAUGACUAUGCCAUGUCAAUUUGGGGAAAUCGAGGAAGAUGGUCGCUUCCAUCCCUUUGACAGUAAGACAAUGAACCCUGAAGAUCACUUUUAUUAUGGACUAUUUAACUCAUACAAAACAUAUCUUGAGAUAGCAGGUGCUAAAGUAGUCCCGAUCAUUCAUGAUACUCCUAGAGAGAAACUUUUACCCCUCCUUGGCAAGCUAAAUGGGGUACUUUUCACAGGUGGAGGACUAGAUCUUGUCGAUCGUCAGACCAAAGAAUACCAUGUUUACACAAAGACAUCACAAAUAAUCUUUGAUUAUGCUCUCAACCAGACUGAUAUGGGUGAUUAUUUCCCACUUAUUGGUAUCUGACAGGGAUUCCAAUUGCUUAAUAUCCUAAAAUCGGAUGAUAAACUAGUCCUCAAAAGUGCACCAGCAAGCUUUAAGCUGAAUGAUUACCUGCUUCCUUUCCUUGAUGAUUACUCGGACUCAAGGUUUUUCAGCUACAUUGGUGAAAACAAAGAAUGGAUUUACUCCCAUGAAAAAUUAGUCAUUAACCUUCAUGACUGGGGAAUUUACCUUGCAGAUUAUAUCUACAACAGGCAAGAAUUGAGAGAUUUUUACAAGAUCAUUACUUAUGAAGAGGAUGACCACAGAAGGUUCUUAGUUACAGCUAUAGAAGCGUUUGACUACCCCAUAUAUGGAGUGCAAUUCCAUCCAGAGAGAACUUUCUUCAGGUUCUCAGACAAGGACAAUUACACUAGAAGCGCAGAGGCAAGGAUGCUUUCAGAAGAUCUGAUCUUUUACUUUGUAGAAGAAGCUAGGAAAAAUCAGCAUUACUUUGAAACCCAAGAAGACCUUGACAAACAUAUGUACGGGUGCCAAAGGAAGACCUAUGGCUACAUCCAGUCUACAGGAGAAUUCAUUCAGCCAAUCUUGGUUGACAGCACUUGUCUUGGCUAUGAUUAAUUAGAUCAGGAGAAUUUCAAUCUGAA